GCUGGGGCUUCAGCUGCUCAGCUCCAGCGCUGCGCACCGAGCCAGUUCGCCUGUCAGGCCGCCUCUUCUUCAGCCGCCCGGCUUACCGCCCUGCGGCGCCCGGCCCUUCCCCAUGCUGGCACCCCCAGCCCCGGAGACCGCAGUCCCGAUGUCCCAGACCGAGGCCGACCUGGUCCUGCUGCCCCCGCCGCCUCUCGCCGCCGCGGGGCCGUCCCGCCUCGGGCCCCCUCGUCGGGCGCGUCGCUUCUCCGGCAAGGCUGAGACGCGGUCGCGCUCUUCCCGUCUCAGCCGCCGCAGCUCAGUCGACUUGGGACUGCUGAGUUCUCGGUCCCAGCCAGCCUCACCGGUUCUGGAAUCCCCCGAUCCGCCAGACUCCGCUGGUCCCGGCCCCGCAAGAAGUCCACCGCCCAGCUCGGAAGAGCCCCCCGAGGGCACGUGGACCGAGGGAGUCCCGGUGAAGGCUGUAGACUCCGCGAGUCCCGAGCUCGCGGGCUUCACAGGAAACCCGGGGUCCGGGCAGCCGUCGAGGGUCCCCGAAGCCGCGGCCCGGGAGCGGCGGCGGGAGCAGGAGGAGAAAGAGGACACGGAGACCCAGGCUGUGGCGACGUCCCCGGACGGCCGAUAUCUCAAGUUUGACAUCGAAAUUGGACGCGGCUCUUUCAAGACGGUGUAUCGAGGGCUAGACACGGACACCACGGUGGAGGUGGCCUGGUGUGAGCUACAGACUCGGAAACUAUCUCGGACUGAGCGGCAGCGCUUCUCCGAGGAGGUUGAGAUGCUCAAGGGACUGCAGCACCCCAACAUCGUUCGUUUCUAUGACUCAUGGAAGUCGGUGCUGAGGGGUCAGGUUUGCAUCGUGCUGGUUACCGAACUCAUGACCUCAGGCACGCUCAAGACGUACCUGAGGCGGUUCCGCGAGAUGAAGCCGCGAGUCCUUCAGCGCUGGAGCCGCCAAAUCCUGCGGGGGCUUCAUUUCCUACACACCCGGGUGCCCCCCAUCCUGCACCGGGAUCUCAAGUGCGACAAUGUCUUUAUCACGGGCCCUACUGGCUCCGUCAAGAUCGGGGACCUGGGCCUGGCCACGCUGAAACGCGCUUCGUUCGCCAAGAGCGUGAUCGGGACCCCGGAGUUCAUGGCCCCCGAGAUGUACGAGGAAAAGUAUGAUGAAGCCGUGGACGUGUAUGCCUUUGGCAUGUGUAUGCUGGAGAUGGCUACCUCGGAGUACCCGUACUCCGAGUGCCAGAAUGCCGCGCAAAUCUACCGCAAGGUCACUUCGGGCACAAAGCCCAACAGCUUCUACAAGGUGAAGAUGCCGGAGGUGAAGGAGAUCAUUGAAGGCUGCAUUCGCACGGAUAGGAACGAGAGGUUCACCAUCCAGGAUCUCCUGGCUCACGCCUUCUUCCGUGAGGAGCGAGGCGUGCACGUGGAGCUGGCGGAGGAGGACGACGGCGAGAAACAGGGCCUCAAGCUCUGGCUGCGCAUGGAGGACGCCCGGCGUGGAGGGCGGCCGCGGGACAACCAGGCCAUCGAGUUCCUGUUCCAGCUGGGCCGGGACGCAGCAGAGGAGGUGGCGCAGGAGAUGGUGGCUCUGGGCUUGGUCUGUGAAGCUGAUUACCAGCCAGUGGCCCGUGCGGUACGUGAGAGGGUAGCUGCCAUCCAGCGAAAGCGAGAGAAGUUGCGCAAAGCUCGGGAGUUGGUGGCCCUCCCACCCCCACCUGGACCCCCGCCAGCAGCUGCCCCCAUGGCUCCUGGCCCCCCCAGUGCCUUCCCCCCUGAGCCUGAGGAGCCAGAGGCAGACCAGCACCAGCCCUUCCUCUUCCGCCAUGCCAGCUACUCAUCUACCACCUCGGAUUGCGAGACUGAUGGCUACCUCAGCUCCUCCGGCUUCCUGGAUGCCUCAGACCCUGCCCUUCAGCCCCCUAGAGGGGUGCCAUCCAGCCCCGCUGAGUCCCAUCUCCGCCUGCCCUCGGCUUUUGCUCUAUCCAUUCCACGUUCUGGCCCUGGCAGUGACUUUUCCCCAGGUGAAAGCUAUGCCUCAGAUGCAGCAUCAGGCCUUAGCGAUGUGGGAGAAGGGAUGGGACGAAUGAGGAGACCCCCAGGGAGAAAUCUCCGGCGCAGACCCCGAUCCAGGCUGCGGGUCACUAGCGUCUCAGACCAGAAUGACAGAGUGGUUGAAUGCCAGCUACAGACACACAACAGCAAGAUGGUGACCUUCCGAUUUGAUCUGGAUGGGGACAGCCCAGAGGAGAUCGCAGCUGCCAUGGUAUAUAAUGAGUUCAUUCUGCCCUCGGAACGAGAUGGUUUCCUGAGCCGGAUUCGGGAGAUUAUCCAGCGAGUGGAGACCCUGUUGAGGAGAGAUACUGGCUCUGUGGAGGCUGCUGAAGACACUCUGGCCCCCCAGGAGGAGCCAGUGCCAUUGCCUGCCCUCCCAGACCCUCUCCCAGGCCCUUCCAGUGAGCCCCAGAGCAGCACCUCCCUGGAGCAGAGGAGCUGGACAGCCUUCUCCACCUCCCCAUUUUCUCCUGGAACCCCCUUGUCUCCUGGAAACCCAUUUUCCCCUGGAACCUCCCUUUCCCCAGGUCCCAUCUUCCCCAUCACUUCCCCACCAUGUUAUUCCAGCCCCUCCCCAUUCUUCCCCAUUUCUUCCCAGGUCUCCUCAAUUCCCCCUCCACAACCCCCCAGUUCUCCACUUCCAUUCUCCUCCAGUGCAUCUCAUUUUCCAAUCCCAUCUUCUCAGUUUCCCCAAAGUUCUUGUCCCCUAAGUUGUCCCCCCACAUUCUCUCCCAGUUGUUCCCAGGUCACUCUUAAUCUCCCUUCUUUUUCCCCAAGUCCCUCUUCUCCCGUCCCCUCCACAACGGCAGCCCCUCUUCUCUCUCUGGCUAGUGCCUUCUCACUGGCUGUGAUGACUGUGGCCCAGUCCCUCCUGUCCCCCUCACCUGGGCUCCUUUCCCGGUCUUCUUCAGCCCCUCCUGGUCCCCUACCUAGCCUAUCCCCUCCUCCUCCCCUGGCCUCUUGUGGCCCAGGGAGUUCUUCACCCCUCACAGCUGAGCUGGAGAAUGAGGCCUCCUCAAAUCCUGCUUGGCCAUUCCUGGGUGAAGCCAGACUGGCACCCAUCUCUGAAGAGGGAAAGCCCCAGCUUGUUGGGCGUUUCCAAGUGACUUCAUCCAAGGAACCAGCUGAGUCUCUUCCCCUGCAGCCAGCAUCACCAACACUCUCCAGUUCUCUGAAGCCUCCAACCCCUCAGCUGGCCUCAGAGAGCUCAGACACAGAGGAUAGUGCUGGAGGCGGGCCAGAGAACAGGGAGGAUCUGGCUGAGAGUGACCGUGCAGCUGGAGGCCUGGGGGCUGGAGCUGAGGAGGAGGAAGGGUGUGAUGGGAAGAAGCCCCAACUGGGGGUCAGCCCUCCAUCUCUGAGUCAUCCUAGCCCCGUGUGGAUGAACUACUCCUACAGUAGUUUGUGUUUGAGCAGCGAGGAGUCAGAGAGCAGUGGGGAGGACGAAGAGUUCUGGGCUGAGUUGCAGAGUCUUCGGCAGAAGCACUUGUCAGAGGUGGAGGCGUUACAGACACUACAGAAAAAGGAAAUUGAGGACUUGUACAGCCGGCUCGGGAAGCAGCCCCCCCCGGGCAUUGUGGCCCCGGCUGCCAUGCUGUCCAGCCGCCAGCGCCGCGUCUCCAAGGGCAGUUUCCCGACCUCCCGCCGCAACAGCCUGCAGCGCUCUGAGCCCCUGGGCCCUGGCAUCAUGCGAAGGAACUCUCUGAGUGGCAGCAGCACUGGCUCCCAGGAGCAGCGGGCAAGCAAGGGGGUGACAUUCGCCGGGGAUGUUGGCAGGAUGGUGAGGGUGGGCCCAAGGGAGGGAUGCCCAGGGAAUGGUAACUGGUGGCAGCUUCACCUUCCUCCCACCCUGGAGAUUUCUUCAGUGCCUUUUCUUUUCCCUCCAGUGAACCCAGAACAGAAGCUAUGUGUCUCCCCAACACCAGGGUCCAUCAUUGAGUUUAUGCUCUCAGAACCUGCUGCUUUUCUGACCAACACAAGUCAGCAAGGAAGACCCCAGCACUGAGGGGGUAGAAGGCCGGGGGGCAUGGAAAGUAUGGCCCCAUUACAGGGAAGAGCCAAGCAUGUGGGAACUGUUUGCUGUGUGUAGAAGGUGUAAGUCCCGCAGCCUACCAUCCUCAUUCCCACCACCUCCCCUAAAAAGGGUCAACCACUAAGCAAUACCACCCAAGCCCAGAUGCUUCUAGAGGGUCCACUCCCAAUGGGGAGAGGGGAAGGAGUGUUCCCAUAUCAGAUUUAGCAGGAACCAAUAAAAAUGCUGGAAACUAGGACUCUUAUCUGUAUCUGCCAUGUCUUAGUUGCUAGGGAAAAAGUCUUGGGUGAGGCAUGGGAGGAUUUAGAAAGGACUCUCCUCUCACAAUGGGAGGCAGGGGUGUAAGCUGCCCAGGCUUUUGGCUGCCUGCCAGCAAGUCAUGAGAUUGGAAGGUCAGUGAUCCACUUGACCAAGCUAAGAUCCCCUCCAGACCCCCUCCCACCCCCCACCAGGCCUGCACAGGAAGGCCCAGUGGAAGUUAGAAGAAUGAAAACUGCUUGUCCCUCAUCCUUCAUCCACCUCUCUAAGGGUGGGAAAAGUAAAUAAAGAGAAAAGUUGGAGUUAAA